AUGAGUGCUGAAAACACCAUGAGGAAUAGAGCAAGAACUCAGAAGAGAGACACAGAAACUGAUUCUGACAGUCCUCACAACAUAGUAGACAAUCAGGAAUCACAGAAACCUGUAGCAGAUGAAGGCAAUUCAUCUGAUAAGACAGGCUUGACAGCCAGUGAUAAAGGGAAAGCAGAAGAUGCAAAUACAGAUUGUUUGAAAGGCUCCUUCUGGUUGACAAGAAUGCUGAUUAUCCGAUAUAUGGGUUUCAUAUAUUUUGUGGCAUUUCUUGUCAGUCUUCACCAGAACAAACAGCUGGUCGGCAGAAAUGGUUUACUUCCAGCCAAUCUUCAUUUGUCGCAUAUAAAAAGCCACACACACUCCUCCAGCUUGUGGUCACUUCUGUCUCAUGCUCCGACACUGCUGUGGCUAGUGGACUAUAACAAGGACCUGGAUUAUUGGCUGGAUGUCAUUGCUUGGACAGGGCUGGCAAUUGCAGCUUUCAUGAUAGUAACGGGAUCCGGAAACUGGCCACUGUUGCUGUUUCAGUGGAUGUUGUAUCACUCCCUGGUGAAUGUUGGUCAGAGAUGGUUUUCUUUUGGCUGGGAGAGCCAAACCCUGGAGACUGGUUUUUUGACCGUCUUCCUGUGUCCAAUGCUGUCAUUAUCUCCUCUACCCAAAGCAACUCCACCAACUAAAAUUGUUAUCUUUGCUUACCGCUGGCUCAUCUUCAGAAUCAUGCUGGGAGCUGGGCUCAUAAAAAUAAGAGGAGACAAGUGCUGGCAUGAUUUGACUUGUAUGAACUAUCAUUAUGAAACCCAGCCAGUGCCCAAUCCUUUGAGUUACUUCCUACAUCAGUCCCCUGAAUUUGUUCACAAGUUUGAAGUUUUGAGCAACCAUUUUGUGGAGUUAAUUGCUCCAUUUUUUAUGCUGCUAACUCGGAAAUGGUGCAUGGUGGGAGGGGCCAUCCAGAUUAUAUUUCAGGUGGCUCUCAUUAUUAGUGGAAACCUGAGUUUUCUCAACUGGCUAACCAUUCUGCCUAGUUUGGCUUGUUUUGAUGAUGCAAGUCUGGCCUGGUUAUUUUCAAGCAGUGUGAGGAGUAAAGUUAUAAAAAUUGUAACUGAACAGAAAAGUAGACAAGAAAAACCAAGUUUGAGUAAGAUGAUUAGGAGAAUCUUCAACAUUGGUUUUGGCCUGCUGGUUGCAUAUCUCAGCAUACCAGUUGUACUUAAUCUUUUAUCUCCUCGACAAGCCAUGAAUACCUCAUUUGACCCUCUGAGACUGGUGAAUACUUAUGGGGCUUUUGGAAGUGUAACCAAGAAAAGAACGGAAGUGAUUUUCCAAGGAACCAACAGUUCAGAUCCCAGCUCACCUCAGGCUGUCUGGGAGGAAUACGAGUUCAAAUGUAAACCAGGAGCCAUAGAUCGCACCCCGUGCCUCAUCUCUCCCUACCACUACCGUCUAGAUUGGCUUAUGUGGUUUGCAGCUUUCCAGAACUACCAACACAAUCCAUGGUUGGUUCAUCUUGCUGCAAAAUUUUUGGUGAAUGAUGAAAACACCGAGUCUCUGAUAGCUCACAACCCAUUUCAUGGAAGACCUCCGCCAAAGUAUGUCAGAGCUGAACAUUACAAAUACAAGUACACUCAGAUUGGUUCUGAAGAGGCCAGAAGUGGACAGUGGUGGAAGAGGAAAAGAAAAGGCUCAUAUUUACCUGCUGUUUCUCUGGACAUGCUGCGGUCGACUAUUGCCAGCAUGGGCUGGGAGAUGCCCAAAGUAUCUGUGACUUCAUAA